ACUUUUUCCACUUUUGCCACACUUCCACACGCUCAUCCUCUCUCUCUUUCCUUCAUUGGUGGCUUUCAACCCAAAGCUGAAAUCAUCUAAACAUGGCAAACCAAACCGAACCAAAAACCAACAUUCCUAAUAUCAACGCCUUCCCCCAAUAAGGAAAGUAAAAAUCAACAAGUACAUCCUUACUCACCUCUCUCUUUCAACAACAUCCCACCACACACCAACACCAACUCCAACUCCAACUCCAACUCCAAGUCUUCCCCUAACUAACACCACUAACAACAAUCACUAAAAAAAGAAAGAAAAUUUACCCUGAUCGCAGGAUCUCCGAACAAAGCUUUGAUUUCACAAAAGCUAAAUUUAGAUAAACACCUGCAUAUUAAAUUUUUCUGCUCUAUACAUGCAUCACAUGUCCCUCACACUAAACAAAAGAAAAACACCACCACCCUUUGCUUUUGCUUUUCUAUAAGUAGUCAACGGCUCAGCCUUAAUUUCUUUGCUUUUUUUAGGUGGGUUUCUUCAAUUUGUAUGCUGGUUAAGGUACAUGGUGAGGGAGAAGAUUCAGAUUAAGAAGAUCGACAACGCCACGGCGAGGCAGGUCACGUUCUCCAAGCGUCGCAGAGGGCUCUUCAAGAAAGCUGAGGAGCUUUCGGUUAUGUGUGAUGCUGAUGUUGCCCUCAUAAUCUUCUCUUCCACUGGGAAGCUCUUUGAGUACUCAAGCUCAAGCAUGAAGGAAAUACUUGAAAGGCAUCAUUUGCACUCAAAGAACCUAGCAAGGAUGGAACAACCAUCUCUCGAGUUGCAGCUAGUUGAAAACAGCAAUUGCUCUAGAUUGAGCAAGGAAGUGGCUGAAAAGAGCCAUCAACUAAGGCAGCUGAGAGGAGAGGAUCUUCAAGGCUUAAACAUAGAAGAAUUGCAACAAUUGGAGAGGUCUCUUGAAACUGGAUUGGGCCGUGUAAUAGAAAAGAAGGGUGAGAAGAUUAUGAGUGAGAUCACUGAUCUCCAAAGAAAGGGGAUGCUAUUGAUGGAAGAGAACGAGCGACUUAAACGUCACGUGGCGGGCAUAAUUAAUGGCCAAAGGCAUGGUGGUGCCGAAUCUGAGAACUUUGUUAUGGAUGAAGGUCAGUCUUCAGAGUCUGUUACGUACGUUUGCAAUUCCACUGGACCCCCCCAAGACUUUGAAAGCUCAGAUACUUCCCUCAAAUUGGGGCUACCAUACUCCGGCUGAUGAGAAAGUGUGUGGGGCGAUAAAAUUAACCCAGGCAAAAAUUCACAAGAUUAUGAUCUAAUUUUCAUUAAUGAUUAUGUCUCUGGUAUGUCCCCUUGGUGUGUAGAGUUAGUAUUAUAUAUUAGUAAAUUGUAAGGACUUAUGUUAUGGGGUACUCUAAUGUCAUUCGGAAUUAAUUGUUUUUAAAAUUAAAAGAAACAAAUUCCUAGUAAUGUUUUUAAUAAUUGGAUUUUUUUUGC